ACUUGUGAUACCUUCUAUUCCGAUUAGAGGAACUACAUGUCAGUCUUCAACGUCUCCGGGAACACAGUUUUACAUGGCCCGCCAUGCACUGUCUGUCACAAUUACAGCUGUACUAGCGACAUUUAAGCCGGAUUUAAAACCGAAACAGGGUAAGCGGACAUUUUAUCAGUGUUUUUAUCAUAUUAGGACGGAGUUGGCAAAUGCCUGGAGCUCUGUGUGAACAAACGUUGAAGCGGUUGUUUACUCCGUAUUGGUCAUUUAUGUAGCAUCACAUCCAUCCAUCCUUUCACAUAAAAGCUAAAUAGCAGCAAUAGAUGAAAUAUUUGCACACAUCUCUUCGUUAAUAUCCUCUGUAUCCGAGUUCAAAGAUUGUGUCAAAUCUUAAAGUUAGGAUCAGUUUGUAGGGUUACUGCCAAAGCGAUCUGCCUUUAGCCUGUCAACCUUUUAAAGACAACCUUUAACCUUUUACAUGCCCUGCCUCCAACAAGUUGCUACUGAACCCAGAUCAGAUGCACAGACUUGUGACUGUAUAUUGCAAGCAGUCUUUCCUGUUUGAAUUUUAUGCACUUUCUUUAUUAGUUAUACUAUCACCAUUUUUAUGACUGUUUUGCUUGUUUUUGCAGGCUUCUGUUUCUGAUGUCCAAGUACAAACUGUUUUUGCUGAGGCAUGGGGAGGGGAACUGGAACAAGGAGAACCGUUUCUGCAGCUGGGUUGACCAGAAACUGAGUGAGGCUGGGGUUAAGGAGGCCCAGGAUUGUGGAAGACUCCUGAAGGAGCAGGGCUACAAGUUUGAUAUAGUAUUCACCUCCAUUCUCAGCCGCUCCAUUCAGACAGCAUGGCUUGUUUUGGAGGCGAUGGGUCAGGAGUGGGUCCCCGUGGUCAAGUCCUGGAGACUGAAUGAGCGGCAUUACGGGUCUCUGAUCGGCUUAAACAGGGCAGAGAUGGCUCAAAAACACGGGGAGGAGAAAGUGAAGCUGUGGAGACGGGGUUACGACAUCACUCCACCUCCAAUUGAUGAAUCCCAUCCCUACUUCCUGGAAAUCUACAAUGACCGCAGGUACACCACUUGUGAUGUGUCAAAGGAGAACCUUCCCCGUGCGGAGAGUCUAAAGGAGGUGUUGGACCGGCUGCUGCCAUACUGGGAAAGCACAGUGGUGCCAGAGAUAAGGAAAGGCAGGACUGUGCUAAUUUCUGCUCAUGGAAACAGUUGCAGGGCUUUGCUGAAACACCUGGAAGGUAUGUCAUUGAACUGAAACAACACUAUCUCACACAGUGUUAGCCUUUGUGCUGUGAAUGCAAACAGUUGAAUUCAGCUGUUUUAGUCAUCAGAGUGAGUGAAUUGAAAGGACAUUUUUUUUAGUUCCAGAAAUGGAAGGUUGAACUUGUGCAAAAAGACCAGAGAGCUUAUGUUACAUUGGCUGACCUUUAUCACACUCAUAAGCUUUGGAGGCUCUCUGUGCUACUGGACACUCUGCAACAUAACUCUUACAUAAUAUUGUCCAGUAGAGGAUAUAUAUAUAUUUAUUAUACGUACACGCUGGACUUUUAAUAUAGUAACACAUAUUGUAAUGAACUCUGAGGGUUUUAUGACAGAAUUCAUAUAAGUUGUGAGAGACUAGUUUUAGUGUGUGUGCCAUGUCUGAUCUAAACUUCCUUGUCCUUAUUUUAACAGGGAUAUCUGAUGAGGAUAUUGCCGGUGUGACAUUACCUACAGGGAUACCUGUUCUACUUGAAAUGGAUGAAAACCUGAAGCCUGUGAAACCCCGACAACUCUUGGGAGACCAGGCGAAGAUUCAGGCUGCAAUUAAAAAGGUGGAGGACCAGGGAAAAGCCCUACCUUCAACUUGAAUAGACUGAACUGGCUGUACGACCUAACCUAGCUCCAUUUUUGUUUCACAUGGUCAUUCUUAAAGACAGAAAAGCUAACUGAACAACAUUAGAUUAGAGGAACAAGUUGUUGCAGGAGUUUAAAGGAUUCUUGAAAGUCUUACGGUGAUGUUGCUGCAUGUGUGAUAUUUACCUGACCUGGAUGCAUAGGGGUGUGUCACAGGUCAGACGGGUGAGAGACGGGCAGGAAAAAGAUCAGAGAUGUACUGUAAAUGUUUCAGCACUGUGUUGAGUUGUAUUAUGUGUAAGCACUGAGGAGGAGUUCGGUUUGUAUGUUGUUUUUAAGCUAACUGCCCCCAUUUCUGCCUGUACAAUGACCCUUGUGUGGUUAUUUAUUUAUUUAACUAUUGAUUAAUAAUAAUGUGGUUUGGCAGCAAAAUCUUGACGAUUGAAGCUUUCCUGUUACAUUGAUGAGCAUUAGGAAAUAUCUCCUUGCGUUUGUGGCUUGCGAUCGUGUGCCUUUAGUGUAAACGUAGCGCUCAUCUUCUUUUAAAAGCUUCCUUUAAGUCGAGCUUCAAACAGCUCUUUAGGGGUUUUUGUUUAAAGAGGAUUUAAAGUAAAAGCUCACUGUAAACAAAUCUUACCUCACAGACAUUGAUAGCCAGGCUGUCCAUUCCAAGAAUGAGUCAGUGUGAGCCACUAAAGUGCUGUAAAUAUGCGAAACUGCUGAAAUACUCCACUACUUCUUUACUUUCCAAGAACCAUAGAAAUGCCUACUCAUAUACUAAAGUAACGUGUUUACUGUGAGUAAAUAAGACAGCUGAAUUUUAAGAGUUUAUGCUGGAGAGUAACUUUGUCAUAACGUAGGUGGAGUUUAAACACUGUGGCAAAUAAGCGUGGCUAUCUGAUAACUUCUUUAUAGUCUGCACUUUUUGGAGAAUAUUUUAACUAUUAUUUUUAAACGUACUGCCCUUUUUAUUAAAUGCAACAGCUGUGAAUGGUAAAUACAGUUAUUUUUGAUGCAUUUGACAAGCUUAAUUUUAAAAAGAACAAGCACUAUCAAGGUUUUUGUUUUAUACUCUAUCAUUUUAUCAGACAUGUGCAAUUUACUUAUUUACUCAUUUAAGGUCAAUAAUGUUACAAACCACUCCCAAACCCUUACAUUUUGUCUCAUAUAAGCACUAUUUUAGGUUACAACUGUUUGUUGCACAAGCUACUUCAUUGUUUUGUGUAUAGUAUGAUGUGUCUUCUGUCUCAGUGUUUUGUUUUGUUUGUCUGCCACUGUUGUCAUACACUGGUCUGUUGGGUCAAAAAAGGACAAAAACAAGCAUUUGUGUACACUAAAGAGUAAAAACUAUGAUAUGUAAUGUCUUCCCUGCUGUUAACAUCUUCCAACCUAUGAGACUGCAUGCUGAAAUAAAAGGGAAAUAAAAUGUUCAUUUGGACUAUU